AUGGGGGAGCUCGAUCACCAGUUCGACAACUUGUCGAUCCAGGAGCAAAAGUCUAAGUCCCUUCUUUCUCGUGAGUUGGCUUCCAGCAGAAGGGCAAACGGCGCUGGAGGGUCAUUUUUUCUCGACGAUUCCUCGCCAUAUCCGAUAGACAAGGGCCCAUAUACAGACGAUCACCCGGAGCCGGAGCUUUUGGCGUCGUCGGUGGGGAAGGAGAUGGAUGGCCGGAUGAUUCCUUCGUCGUCCACCAUAAGUUUAUUGAGCUUGUCAGUGCAACCGGACACGGCACCAAUGAUCACAACGGGGUUCCAUCCACCAAAGACCUUGUCCCCAGAACCUCAGCAUCAGUUAUCAGACCAAGCACCACCACCACCACCACCACCACAACAACAACACAACUACGCCAUAGACCGGAAGGGGUCAUACAACAACAUUGCAUCUCGCCAAUCACUUACACAUUUACAUCAACAACGAAUGCCAAACACUGCCACUGGAGGUUUUGGUAUAGUACCAUCCCAGCCACAAAUACACACGCAGUUACAACAUUCACUUCAUUCAACCACACAAAGCAUACCUAUACAACAACAGAUGAGAGUCCCAGACUCUCCUAAUUUGGAUCCAACUUCAUUGGGAGGUUCCCCGUCAAGAUUUUGGCUUUCUUCACAAACACCACCAAGAUCAUUGGGCACUUCUCUUAACUCGAGUUCAAGGCACAUGUUCUACUUGCAACAACAACAACAACAACAGCAGCAACAACAACAGCCACUGACUGGGGCUCAAAAUGGACAUUCAAAUGGUCAACGACCAAUAAUGAUUCCUGACACUUCUAAUUACAUAACCCUGAGUAAAAGACCAAGUAAUUCUUCACCCAUAUUAAUUCCUGUACAAACACCAACUGAAGAUGCACCCAUGACGCCCUUGUAUUUGAAUAGUCAAAACCAAGAGUACUUUGAUAUGACAGAAGAGCUUGAUGAGGACAUGGAUAGAGAGGAAUAG